AUGCCAUCGGACUGGACAAUUCUCGACGACAUCGGCUUCAGGCAGCUGAGUCAGGGAGUAUUCCUUUACUCUGCUUUCGAACAAGGUUCUCGAGCUAAGAAAUAUACACGGGUACAUUCAAGCCCAGACGUGAUUAUUAUCUGCGCCUGGGGAUUCGCCCAGGCCAGGCAUGUUGCAAAAUACAUUUCAGAACAUCAGUCGCUCUACCCAACUGCCAAAAUUCUCCUGAUCUACAACUCUGUUGCAAACAUUAUAUGGAAGUCAGAUGCUUCCCAGAUGCAAUGGUUUCAGCCUGCCGCCAACAUGCUGCGGGAAUGCAUCGACUCAACGCCCGACCUGCGAGUUCUCCUUCAUCUAUUUUCCAAUACUGGCUCACAUUCUGCUGUCCAGUUGGCCGAGGCCUGCAGAAACAAUUAUCCGCCAUUCACGCUGCCAGUGACAUCGAUCAUUUUCGACUCCUGCCCCAGCAUGCCCAUCUUCGGGCCAAUGGCCAACGCGCUUGCGUUGGGCUCACCCUCUAAGAAUAUACUGAUUACCUCGAUGGUAAGAGUCGUGGCCUAUGGUAUUAUUGGAUUAUCGAUCGCCUUUGAGAAAACAGGUCUUACGACCCAUGUAGCUACGAAGCUCUACACCCGGCUGAACAGCACAAAUGAUGCGUUCCUUGAGCGGAGGGUUUCUACUGAAGGUCAAAUUGCUGCAUACCCGAUUCCGAGGACCUAUAUAUACGGUCCUAUGGAUGAUAUGAUCCCCGUGGAUCAAGUGAUUCAGCAUGCCAAUAUUGCGAUUGCAAACAUGUCAGCCUGUGGGAUCGAGCAUGCAUCGAGAUAUGUGACGACAAAAGAAUUUGUGGGGAGCCCACAUGUGAAUCAUGUUAGAUUUGAAAAGGAAAGAUAUUGGCGAAUUGGAAACAUGGCAGAUAAGCGUUAUAGGCUCUACGGAGAAGAUACACCCCGCUUCUGGUGA